CACUUUACAUCGCAUCGAGGUAUCGUCCUUUGUCGCUCGCAUCUGUAGGAACAUAAACUCGAACGUGAGCUUCGAAGAGUCGAAGAAGUCCUCUUAGGGACCAUAGCCUCUUGCCAGGUUUCAACACACUCGAGUCUUUUCCACGCGUUACAACGACCAGACCGGAGUAGUAGCCAUGGCCGCCGCCGCCGUCAGCAAGGAGGGCCUGUUCAUCCCCCUCAUCGACUUUGAUGUCUUUCUCCACGGCAACGCUGCCGACCGUCUGGAAACCGCCAAGCGGAUCCUCCACGGCUUCCAGACGGCCGGCUUCAUCUACCUCAAGAACCACCCCAUCACGCCCGCCACGCUCGCCCGCGUCUUCGCCACGUCGGCCGAAUUCUUCGCCCAGCCCAUGGACGCCAAGCUCGCCCUGGGCUGGACCACCCCGGAAGCCAACCGGGGUUACUCGGCCCCGGGCCGCGAGAAAGUGACCCAGAUCACCGACGCCGCCGCCGUAGCCGCCGUCCGCGACGCCGCGCCGGAUCUCAAAGAAUCCUUCGAAAUCGGCCGCGACAACGUCCCCGACAUGCCCAACCGCUGGCCGGCCGAGGCCGCAUCCGUCUCGGUCUCCUCCUUCCGACCCGUCAUGCUCGACUUCUUCGCCCAGUGCAAGGCCUUCCACGACCACGUCAUGCGCGCCAUCGCCGUCGGCAUGGGCCUCCCCGAGUCCUUCUUCGACCCCUUCACCGACGACGGCGAAAACACCCUCCGCCUCCUCCACUACCCGGCCGUCCGCCGCGGCGUCUUCGACGCGAACCCGAACCAGGUGCGCGCCGGCGAGCACAGCGACUACGGCUCCAUCACCCUCCUCUUCCAGGACGACCGCGGCGGCUUGCAGGUCCGGAGCCCGCAGGGCGGCUUCGUCGACGCGACGCCCAUCGAGGGGACCGUCGUGGUCAAUGCGGGCGACUUGCUCGCGCGCUGGAGCAACGAUACCAUCAAGAGCACCAUUCACCGUGUCGUUGAGCCUCCGCGGAAAGCCGGCGACAGCGGGGAGUAUCCUUCUCGGUAUAGCAUCGCGUAUUUUUGCAAUCCCAACUUUGACAGCUACAUUGACGCUUUGCCGGGGACAUUCGCCUCGGAGGCCGAGAAAAAAUACAAAGGGGUCAAGAGCGGCGAUUACCUCGUGCAGAGAUUGGCUGCCACGUACUGAGGGCGCGGAAUUGCAAAGCGAUGGCUGUGUUAGUGUAGUGUCGGUAAUGCAUAGAGCAGGCA